UCUCUCAUCUCUUGCGUCUUCUCUCUGUCGAUCUAUAUAUAAAAACCCUAACAUUCCAGAAUGUAAGGGAACUGGCAGAGAAAUCUCUCAUCUCUCUGCAAGUUUUCUCUCAGAGAGAAAGAGAGAAUUAGAGAACUGUUUAUGGAUUCUCUUCGUUUGCAGUGUGUGCUCUGAGACUCGCAGAGCUUUAGCCGCAAAUGUACUGCAAAUGAAGCUCGUCGUUGCUCAGAUCGCUUUAGUUCUAAUUGUUUUAACUGCUCUCAAUGCGAUUUCAGCUGUUUCUUCCAGCUUUCCGGGAAACAAAGAUGGUUUUGGGAAGCUAAUCUUAGGAGAGGAGAAUUUAGGACCAUGGACGAGUGGUUUUUUGCAGUUUGCAGAAGCGCCAGGACCUACGAAUGGAAGUUCUGCUGGCACGCUUGUUUUGGCAGCGAAGAGGACGAACAGACCGGAUAUUCUUGAUGGGUUCAAGCAUUAUCGAGGUGGUUGGGACAUUACGAAUAGGCAUUACUGGGCCUCUGUCGGAUUUACAGGUUCUGCCGGAUUUAUUCUUGCUUUCCUGUGGUUUGUCUCUUUUGGCUUAGUUCUUGUGGUACAACAUUGCUGUAGAUGGAAGAUAAGCAUCAAAGAGAAAGGAACCCACCUUCCACAUAAGAUAUGUCUUAUACUGCUGCUUGUCUUUACGUGCGCUGCAGCGGUUGGAUGUGUUCUUCUUUCUGUUGGGCAGGAUGAAUUUCAUGACGAGGUUUUUGAUACGCUGAAAUAUGUUGUGAAUCAGUCCGACUACACAGUGCAAACUCUCAGAAAUGUCACUGAUUUUCUGUCUCUUGCCAAGACUAUAAAUGUGGACCAAGUUUUCCUUGCAUCAGAUGUCAAGGAUGAGAUUGACAAGUUGAAUGUGGAUCUGAAUACUGCAGCGAAUACUCUGACUGAGAAAACAAGUGAAAAUUCUGGAAAAAUAAGAAAAGUCUUCAAUGCUGUGCGAUCAUCAUUAAUCACCGUGGCAGCAGUGAUGCUUGUCCUGGCUCUUCUUGGUCUUUUGCUUUCUGUACUUGGUCACCAACAUGCUAUUUAUAUAUUCAUCUUGAGUGGAUGGGUUCUUGUGGCGAUUACUUUCAUUCUUUGCGGAGUUUUUGUAAUCCUCAACAAUGCAAUUUCAGAUACUUGUGUGGCUAUGGGAGAGUGGGUGGAAAAUCCCCAAGCAGAGACCGCUCUGAGCAGCAUCCUUCCUUGUGUUGAUCAAGAAACCGCAAACAAUUCUCUAUUCCAAAGUAAAGAAGUUAUUCGCCAACUCGUGAAUGUAAUGAAUACGGCGAUAUACACCUUUGCCAACACAAACUCUCCUCCUCAAGCCACUUCUUAUUACUUCAAUCAGUCAGGACCUAUGAUGCCACCUCUUUGUUCCCCUUUUGACUCCGAGCUUCAUGAUCGCCCUUGUGGAUCCAUAGAAGUGUCCAUCAUAAAUGCUUCUGUGGAGUGGCAGAAGUACGUAUGCAAUGUGUCAGCAUCUGGAAUCUGCAAAAGUGUUGGGAGGAUUACCCCGGACCUGUACACACAGUUGAUGAUGGCUGUGAAUGUGAGCUAUGCCCUUGAUCACUACGCACCGCCAUUGCUCAACUUCCAGGAUUGCAAUUUUGUCCGGGAUACAUUCAGGCACAUCAUUAUGGACUACUGUCCACCCGUGGAGCAUCACCUUCAGGUUAUGAAUGCAGGUUUGGGGCUCAUUGCAGUGGGAGUCAUGCUCUGCCUUGUCCUAUGGAUCCUCUAUGUGAACCGCCCCCAAAGGGAGGAAGUGUUUGUGAGGUUUUCCCUGCCCAUAAAGGCCCUAGGAUGCAGUGGCAAGCAGAGCAGAGGCAACAUAGACAAUAGUAAUAGUUAUAACAACACGUCUCCAACUGGUGGAACCCUUGUACAGAUCCCAUAAUUGUUACAGUAGCAAUUUUCUUCAUUCCAGAUUAAACCCCCAUAGCUAGUGAUACCCUGGUGGGGCGAAGCUCCACAUUUUGGGUUCGGGGGUAAUAUUUAUCUUGUUGGGGGCGUUAGAUGGUUUUCAAUGUAAAUUCAUAUAUACAUGUA